CACUGCAGGUUGUGUGGGAUGGUGCAAAAGGUGCAUAUAAAGCAGUAGAGAAAGUUUUCCAUCUGCACUUGGGCAGAACAGCAGGAGAAUAGUGAGGUGGAAAACUCAAACCCAAAGGGCUCCUUUGGCAGAGAAAAUGCCUCCCCAAUCGGGUGCUAGUGUGGGAAAGCCAGAACCCGGUUCAGACGUUGGACAGUUUUUCACCUGGGGGGAGAUAGAACUCCGCUCUGGCAAGGGUAAAUCCAAGGAAGACAAAUGGCUCGUCAUCAAUAGGAAAGUCUAUGAUGUUAGUCAGUUCUUCCGGCGGCACCCUGGAGGAAUGAGUGUCAUCAGUCACUAUGCGGGACAAGAUGCCACGGAUGCUUUUACAGCUUUCCACAAGAAUGAGACUCUAGUGAAGAAAUACAUGAAUUCGCUGCUAAUUGGAGAACUGGCACCUGAUCAAUCCAGCUGUGAGCCCACCAAAAAUGAAAUGCUCAUCAGUGACUUCCGUGAGCUACACGAUUCAGUGAAGAAGACAGACCUCCUGAAGACCAGUUAUCCUUUCUUCAUCUUCAUGUUUCUCCAUGCUUUCUUGCUGGACAUUGCAGCCUGGCUUAUCAUCUGGUACUUUGGAUAUUCUUGGAGAACUUUCCUUGCCGGUGUUGCAGCAUUUACCAUAGCACAGAACCAGUAUGGGUAUCUUCAGCAUGACCUUGGGCAUGUUUCAGUCUUUCAGAAGCCCAAGUGGAAUAGACUGGCUCACCUCGUCGUGGCAGGCGUCCUUAAGGUAAUGCUAAGAUUGGUUAGGAAUUUAGGAAUUUAUCACACCAAACAGGCAAAUCACAAUUACAGAAGGAUGAGCAUCAUUGCCUUGCUACUUCAUCACACUAGAAAACUUGGGAAAAAAAAGAAGAAAUAUAUGCCUUACCAGCACCAGCACAAAUACUUCAUUCUCUUAGCCCCAAUUACGUUCGUUGUUUUUGUCCAAGUGAUUAUAUUCCGCUUUGCGAUUCAGAGGAAAAAAUGGUUGGAACUCCUUCUUGUUGUGUUGUACAAUAUUCGUGUCUGCCUCAUGUACAUUCCUUUGAUGGGAUUCAAGAGUUUCAUGGCAUUCUACUGGCUGGCCAGGUUUUUAGAAAGCAACUGGUUUCUCUGGAUCUCCCAGAUGAAUCACAUCCCAAUGAACAUUGACUAUGACCAGAAUUUAGACUGGGUCUCUGCCCAGCUUGCAGCAACGUGUAAUGUGGAUCAGUCCUGGUUCAAUGACUGGUUGAGUGGGCACUUGAAUUUCCAGAUUGAGCAUCACCUUUUUCCAACCAUGCCUCGACAUAACUAUUGGAAAGUGGCUCCUCUGGUGAAGUCUCUCUGUGCCAAGCAUGGUGUUAAGUACCAGUGCAAACCUUUGCUCACAGCCUUUGCGGACAUAUUGCGGACUCUGAAGGAAUCAGGGGAGUGCUGGCAGGAUGCUUAUUUCCACUGAUAAGAAGAAGCUUUCAGAAAGAAUCAGCAUGCUGAGUGGCGUUCUCCUAAUGCAGAAAAUGGAUGAAAUCCAUUAGUAUUUAUUUAAAUAUGCAUUCAGAUUCAUGUGGAUUUUCCCUUUUUACUGCAACUCCCAGCAGCCCCACUCAGUAUAGCCAGUGGAAAGGAAUGGUGGGAGUUGCAGUCCAACAACUGAAGCCUCACAAUUAUUAACCCCAGUCUAAAGCCUAGCAGAAUGGAGACAAUGUUCCAUAUCCCACUAAGCUCAACACAUCUGGCUUGGAAAAUCACAAAGGGAUAGGGAGACUUCUGUAUAGGUCAACUCCACAGAAACAAUUUGAGGAACUUAUGGCAAUUUUGAUCUGCUACUUUUGUGUAGAAUGUAAUGCUGGAUUCCCUCUGAAGGGAUGUGAGAUCCAGUGGAAAUGUGGUAAAGUAUAAAUAUGUACCUCCAAAAUCUGCUCCAAUUUUUGGCCAGCUCCAAAGGCUACAAGGGAAGAGAAGGAUAUUGUAUUGUGCUUGUGCUGUAAAGCCAACAUGACAAUGGCUUUCAGUCCUUUUAAAUGUUGGUACUGUUCUGUGUAGAAGCCACAAGGGGGCACUAGA